AUAUUACUAUUACAAUUAUUCAAAUACACAUACAUACUGAUAUAGUUGAUUUACCGGUAACCCGUGAUAUUUCAUGAACGAGUUAUAUCAAAUCUCUCAUCCAUUCUUACGAAAUAUACCCUUUUAAUGAUGCACAUCGGAAACUAGAAUACUUGGGACGAGGUUUCAGAGACAUGGCGGAUUCUAGAUCACCUGAUUCUGUGGAUUUUGAUGAUUUCCCUGAGCCGUUUUCUAACUGCGAUAAUUUGACUCACCAUUACCACUCACUUCUCGAUUGCUGCUCUACCGUGUCUUGCGCCAUCACCUGAAAUAUUUCGAAGGCACUCGGCUCUCCUGUACCACAGACUUGAUUCACCGACUGCAGACAGUAGAUCUACAAGAUCGAUUUCGGAUGGAUAGGCUGAUAGCGCCACAUACACGGUAUAAUAACGCAGUGGUGGUUGGUCUAUUUACUGAUUGUACCCUCUGUAUUGCUGCAAAUGCGAUUGCUGACCUGUUGGCCCCAAUCCAAGAGUUCACUACAGCCUACCGAGUAAAAGCCUACAUUCUGAACUUCAGCUUGGAGCACUGGAUAAGACUAUCAGACGAAUAGCGGAUAGGCCUAUGUUCAAUACUAUCAACCAAAGCGAAAACACACGGACUUUCUCUGUGAAUGGAUUAUGAACGACGUGUCUUAUUACUAACAGUGGUUUGCACGGUCAGGGAAGACAAAAUGCCGAAAUCCUCGACUAGGGGUGACCCGAUGGCACUCCUCAAAGCACGCAUAUUGGAGGAGAAGGACAAUCCGGCGCUCAUCCAAGCAUGUAGAAAGGGCAGUUUGGAGGAGGUCGAGAGUUUAUUGGUGGCCGGGGCAAACGUAGACUGUGUCGAUUCAACAAAAAGACAGACAGCACUUAUGAUGGCCGUCAAGAACAGGAAUGUUGACAUUGUGAAGGUUUUACUGAAAGGCGGGGCUGACGUGAACUUUGACACUGAUCAUGGAACGGCUCUAAACACAGCUGUUAGGGGCGGUUCCCCACAACUUUGUCAAAUCCUUCUCGAGAGCGGUGCAUCUCCUCCUACCAAGAUUGUCGAAAAAUGGUACAUUCCCUAUUGUUGCAAACGAAGUUUUUUCGGCGUCGUAAAAGUCUUAUUGGAUUUCCUCGCCACGAAAGGAAAUAUAUUGUAUAAGAAAACCACUCUCAUGAUUUUAGCUGCAACGCAUGGCCAUUUUGAGUUGGUGCGAGUACUUGUUGAGCGCGGAGGCGUCAACUUUGAGCGGCAGGGUGAGAGGGCCCUGAUUGCAACAUGCGCUGGAGGUGAUUUCUCGAAAGAUGAUUACAUCGCAAUUAUCAAACUUCUUAUGCGACAAAAUUUGGAUGUAAACUAUUUCAACGAAAUGGGUAAAACGGCCAUUUAUGAAGCAGCACUUAAUUCGAGAGGGGGCGAGAAGGUCGUGAAAUUAUUGUUGGACAAUGGCGCACUUUUCGAAGUUGACACCUUGGUAGACGUUUGCGACCCUGAAUGUUUCGGUCGAUUUUUGUGCUCGCCGCUAGCUGGCGCUGUCAAACAUGGAUACAUUGAUAGGGUUCGACUACUUUUAGAUCUAGGAGCUGAUGUGAACGAGAUCUGGCGGAGGGAUGUCAAUCCUAGCGCCACGAAACUAGGCUCUGGGGGAACUGAUAUUAGCAUGCUGAUGUUAGCAUGCAAGAAUAAAACCCUUAUAAGUGUUGCGAAGGAAUUGUUAGACAGGGGUGCAGAUGUAAACAUGAGAAAUAGCGCUGGGAAUACGGCCCUUCAUAUUGCCGUACACUCCGAUUUUCGUACCUGGGCAUCCAAAGCGAAAGCUCCUAGUGGGUCCUAUUUCGACCGGCACUACAAUGUUUCACCAAGAGCGCAACCCGACACGAUACUUUUACUUCUCCUACACGGAAGUAGUGUCGCGGCAAAGAACCAAGAUGGCGAGACCCCAUUUGAUAUUUGUAUGAAAAUGAUAAGCAGCUCUAAUAAUUGGCAUUUUGAAAACGAAAGUUUGAUAGCUCUGAGCUUCUUGAUAAAAGCAGAUUCGAAGAAUUUUGAUAGUCAGGACGUGUCGUGGCUUUGCGACAUUGUGAAAAGAAGACGUUACAAUAUGGAUGUUGAAAUAAUGGAGGAAUUGGUUCGUAUUCUUAUCGCUGCAGGUGUAAAACCAACUCCACAGCUGAUACAAAUGUCGGAUCAUGACUCGCACGACCCACUGCAGCGGAAGGUUUUUGCACUGCUAAAUCAUUGCAGCAAGAACCCCACUUCCUUACAGGACCAAUGUCGCACCCGAGUGCGGGCUUCUCUCAGGUCACCGCUGAACGACGUCAACAAUGUCAGCUUGGGACUCUCUGUCCCAUUGCGUAGGUUCAUAAUCAUGGAUGACCUUGAACUAUUCGUAAGAGGUCACCCAAAACUUCAAGUUUUAAACAUUUCCUCAUGUGACAACCCUACUCGAAAAUAACCAAGUCCCUCCUGAUCUAUAAUCAUCUGUAUACCGGUUGUCAGUCCGACGCAUUCAACAUGUAAUUUUGACUUGUGAGUAUGCCUAGAGACAUACAUAGUCAUAGGCCUUGGAAGCAAAGAUAUUGUAAUUCAAAAUGCCAAUGGUACAAUCAUUCAUCAAUGAAAAUCAGUUUUGUACUGAAAUGCAUAGUGUAAAUGCACGUUAAGUUUAAAAUAAAUGCAUUUACUGACUUCAUUCAUACUGCCUAU